AUGGCCGGCCCCCAACGGCCUGCCUCUGGCCUUCCGACGAGGCGAACAACGACAGCACGACAACCGACGAGACGGGCGGGCUCUGCUGUACCUGAAUCACGAACAACCCAGCCCUCGCCGGCUAUCUCGACGAAAACUUCUGCUGCUCGUGGGCUGCGCGCGCUGAAGUCUCCGGAUACACCUGCGAGCGUUACUGCCAAGCGGAAAGAAAGGGACAUUGAGAGAGAGAUCAACGAAGAUACAAGCAUUCAUGUUGUCGUGCGGUGUCGAGGGCGGAACGAACGGGAAGUCAAGGAAAAUAGCGGAGUUGCCCUUGUUACCGAAGGAGUAAAGGGGAAAACAGUGGAAUUGUCGAUGGGCCCCAAUGCAGUGUCAAACAAGACCUAUACGUUUGACAAGGUGUUCUCUGCGGCUGCAGACCAGCUCACUGUGUACGAAGAUGUCGUGUUGCCGGUUGUUACAGAGAUGCUUGCGGGAUACAACUGCACAAUAUUCGCGUACGGGCAGACUGGUACAGGGAAGACAUACACGAUGUCCGGGGAUAUGACAGAUACUCUGGGAAUUCUGUCUGAUAACGCCGGUAUUAUCCCUCGCGUUCUCUACUCGCUUUUCGACAAGUUGGCCGAAACCGAGAGCGCGGUGAAAUGCUCCUUCAUCGAGCUGUACAACGAGGAACUACGAGACCUACUCUCUGUCGAAGAAAACCCGAAACUCAAGAUAUAUGAGAACGAGCAGAAGAAGGGACAUAUGAGCACGCUGGUACAAGGAAUGGAAGAGACUUACAUCGACUCCGCGUCAUCAGGCAUUAAACUGCUCCAGCUAGGCAGUCAUAAGCGUCAAGUGGCCGCUACCAAAUGCAACGAUUUGAGUUCUCGGAGUCACACGGUGUUUACGAUUACCGUGAACAUUAAGCGAACAACAGAAUCAGGCGAGGAAUACAUUUGUCCCGGAAAGCUGAAUCUUGUUGAUCUGGCGGGCAGUGAGAAUAUCCAGCGCAGUGGGGCUGAGAACAAGCGUGCAACUGAAGCUGGUUUGAUCAAUAAGAGCUUGCUCACGUUGGGUCGGGUCAUCAACGCCUUGGUCGACAAGAGCCCUCAUAUUCCGUACAGAGAGUCGAAGCUCACGAGGCUGCUGCAGGAUUCCCUCGGAGGACGAACCAAGACUUGUAUCAUCGCCACGAUUUCGCCUGCCCGAAGCAAUCUCGAGGAGACGAUAUCGACACUGGACUAUGCCUUCAGGGCAAAGAACAUCCGCAACAAACCUCAAAUCAACUCUACCAUGCCCAAAAAAACGCUUCUUCGUGAAUUCACCUCUGAAAUCGAGAAACUAAAAGGCGAGCUCAUCGCAACAAGGCAUCGGAAUGGCGUCUAUAUGUCAGUCGAGUCAUACGAGGAGUUGACAAUGGAGAACGACUCUCGGAGAAUUAUCAACGAAGAGCAGCGCGCGAAGAUCGAAUCCAUGGAAUCUAACCUACGCCACAAGGUCCAGGAGCUGUUUACCCUGACGAGCAAGUUCAACGAUUUGAAGAAGGACAAUGACGACACUCUCGCAGCCCUGUGCUCAACCAGUGAUGUGUUGCAGCAGACGGAGUUCGUCUUACAGAACACCAAAUCCCAGCUUGAGGAGGAAGAAAUGCUACGCAGCGCGCACCAGGAGACUGAACAACAACUUCAUAAUAUCGGCAAGGGUCUGCUAACGACCCUGGACCAAACAGUACAUGAUGUCGGUAGAUUACAUGCGAAACUGGAUCGUAAAGCCAAGUUGGACGCUACAAACAGAGAGAUCUGGGAACUAUCAACAACCGAAGUCUCGGAUGUCACCAAACAGAUCGACAGCAGGGUGGACACUUUCCAAUCGGAGCAUGUGAAGCUUCUAGAAUCAAGCUCGAACAGGAUUACCGAAUUUAUUGUGAACGAACUCUCCCAAAUGGAAACAGCGCAGUCUAAACUGUCCGAUUUCAGUCAAACUCUCGACGAAGCAUAUACCAAGGCGAAAGCCGAAACAUCAAGCGCUCAUGACGAGAUAAACAAUGUGCUUGAGGAGAUCAAAGAUUUGCGAGAAGAUGUCAAAUCCAAAGUCAGAGAGGGGCUCAAUGGCCUCUCUGCCGCUGCCGCCCGGAUAUCCAAGGAAGUUAUCGGGGAAUUUGCUGAGUUCCAUGCACAGCUUCAUUCGUCCUAUAGCAACCUUGGAAAGGAUCUGAAAUCCAUCUUUGAGACUAUGACCGACCAUCUGAACGAGCAGAGAAACGAGAUUGAUCGCCUGCGAGUCGACCUGCAAAAUGCUAAUCGUGAAAACAUCGAGACCAGUCGCAAAGCUUCUACGCAUCUUGCACAAACCCUUGAGGAGGAGCAGGUUGCUGCGGAGUCCGAGCGGGAAAUCCUGAUGUCGCAGAUCCAGUCCCUCAUUGAAGAGUCCCGACAAAAACAGUUCGGUCGGCUGAAAACAAAGAUCGAUACCGUUCGGGCGGAUAUUUCAUCAUCUGGGGACUCCCUUGAACAAGCAACGACUCAUCACGAUCGCCAAGUCGAUGAAUGGGUAUUCAAAUCUGAGCAAUUCGCAAAGGAUGUCAACGGGUCAAAGGAAGAACUCAAGACUCGCAUGCAAAACGACUGGGAGGCAUUCGACCAGCGCAACUCUUCGAUUCAGAAGACCACCGAGUCGGUGCACAAGGAAACAGUGCGCAUCGUUGAUGCCCAGAUGAACGACAUGGGAAGACAAAUGGAGGCCUUGGAUGAUUUCGUAGCGAAAGCACGGUCUCAGAACGGUCUCUACCGUGAUGCUCAUCAUGCUACCCUCGACAACAUUGCUACUGGCGUUCACCAAUCGUACUCCUCAGUCCAGCAGCAAUUCGGCGGCCUAGGAACCCGGAUGAACCAGCUCCAGGAAGAAGCAGCCCAAAGCCGGACAAGCCUGCAAGAAUCCAUGGUGCCGUUGUCUGAGGGUGUCCGCAAGCCUCUUUCGGAUCUUUCUUUCAAUGUCCAGAAUCGGCCAUUGGAGGAGUAUGUCUCGACUGGUGCCACUCCCAAGAAACGUAAAUACGAGUACACUUCGGUCCUGCCAGUCACUGAAUCGCAUGAGGCUCUGAAGUCAAGAUUACGAACAACUAAAGAGAUGGAAGUGCUGCCCUUCAACAACGAGGAUGCACUCCAGGCACCUGCUAGCUCCGCAGGGACUUCGCCUUCGAAAGGAUUCGUCUAUAACGAUACAGAAGACGAGGUAGGAACUCAAGUACCAUCCAUGACCAGCGUCAACCCUUCCAACACGGGACUUAGGGAAGUCGAUGCCAACGUCGCCGCAAGACCGCUCGCGUCUAAUACGGACGGCAAACCAGCCAUGGACCAACCCAUCUCCCUACCUGAUGGUGCUGAUGCCCUUGCCGAAACCGACGAUACCGAGGCUCCACCUUCCAAGAGGCGCCGCUCAAACCCAGGCACGCUUGAGACUAAACUCCCUCACAAGAUGGUCGCCAAGAGGAUGGCCGGGAUGAUGGAAGGCCGAGAGAAUGUUCCGCCUUCCAGUGCUCGCAGGCUCAGACAUCGUCCUUCACCGUGA